UCGAAGAACUACUAAAGCAGCCUAAUCCUCUCUUCUACACCAAUUCCCUCUCCCUCUCCGACACUUGCGUUCUGUUAAGGAGCGCCUUCGCAUAUUCUUCGCAAUCACGAAAGCAAAAAACGUAACUUCUAAUCGCAAAUUUGGAGCGGUUUCUGCUCACUGAUUGCAGUGCGAAAGCAGCCACCUUUUUCACCUUUUCCUUUUUGCGCCUCUUAUCUUCCUCUCCGUCUCAUGGUGGUAUCCGAUGAAAGCUCCCGUUUUGCUGACAUUAGUUUGCUUGUUUUCUUCUCUUGUGGCAUCUUAUGGUGUCUGUUCUUGCUGAAUGCGCUUGCUUUGUGCGCAGUCCGUUUAUCCGAAGCUUGCUUGGUUGAGAGGGUUUUGUGAAUCGUUUGAUGGAGUGGGGAGAAAAGGAACUUGUUCGAUGUGGGUUUUACUGUUUGGUUUCGGUUUUGUGGAUUUGCAGGAUUGGAGUAUCGGCGGCCUCCCCUUCACCAGAAAUAUCUCCAUAUCUUUCUAACCCAAUGAUAAAGGGAGCUCCACAUUCUGAAAAAUCAAAAAGUAUUUUUUCACCAAGUCCUCUGACUAUUCCAAUAGGUUCUGUUCCAAAUACUCCAAGCAUAUUUCCAAAAAGUCCCGAAGCUGUUACUCCCGUUAUUCAAGCCACAGCACCGUUUAUACCCAGCUCUCCACCAGCUCCUUCUGCAGAGGAACAUAAAUUUCCUGGCUCAGUAACUCCACCUCAUAAUUCAGAUCAUGAUAUCUCUCCUUCAACUGUAAAUCCUCCAUCAACACAAGUUGGAAAUGGAACUCCUAUAGGCGAGACUCAGGGAAAACCUUCUACUGGUUCGCAAUCAACAUUGCCAUAUGCUGCAGCUCCUUCGCCGAGAUUAGUUCCGCUCACCCCACCAGAUGUUCUUCCAAAUGUUCCAAGAAUAUCACCGCCAAUGAUCCGUCCGCCUGGGCCUAUGAUUUCUCCUGUAGCUGCACCUUCAAUGGGAAAUUCAAGCCAUUUGUCUCCUACAAACAAUUCCCAAUUCAAUGGAUCAUCCCCACUUAUCACACCUUUGCCUCAUGAUUCAAAUAUUACACAUGCUCCUUCAGCCUCUCAUCCUCAUCCUUCUGAAGGAAGAAUAACAAAGAGCCCUCAGCCUGCACCAGCUAUUUCUGUUCCUGGGCAUAAAAAUGGGAAAAUAGGAGUUACACCGACACCUGCUCCAUUUUCUCUGCCUCCAUCAAUACCCUCCUCAGCACCCAUGCAUCAAUUGUUGCCAUUUCCAAGGAAAAAGGGAAAGCCCAAUCCUCCAAUCUAUGUUGGGGGCCCUGCGACCUCUCCAUCUCCUGUAAAUUAUCCUCCAAUUGAAGUUCCAAAGGAUGGGAGAAGGCAUGGUACUCCUUCACCUAAUGUUGAAGGCCCUGAGGUUAAUCCUGCUCCUUCACAACCUCCAAUAUCGACACCAAAUAAUAAGGAAAGGCCUUCUGCUCCUUCACCUCAUGUUGAAGGUCCUACUUUUCACCAAGCUCUUUCACAUCCUCCCAUAGAGGCUCCAACGAAACCUUACUUUCCUCCAGACCAGGCUCCAAUUUCUUUCCCAAGUGGUGAAAAAUCUUCUACUCCAGCACCUUCACCGGCUGCUCCACAAAUGCAUAACGGAUCGCCGACUUAUUAUCCCGCACCUUCACCCCAGUAUAUCAGAGGAACCUCUCCAUCACCAUUGCCACAACCCAUUCGGUCUUUACCCCCUCCACCACCUAAUUUGAAUUGCGGCCCUAUAAUGUGCCAAGAACCAUUUGCGAAUCCCCUUCCAGGGUCACCUUGUAUGUGCGUCUUGCCAAUUAAAGUAGGACUUCGUCUUGGUGUUGCAUUGUAUACAUUUUUCCCCUUGGUUUCCGAAUUUGCUCAAGAAAUUGCGGUGGGAAUUUUGGUGAAACAAAGUCAAGUUCGCAUCAUGGGAGCGAAUGUUGCUUCGGAGGACACCGAGAAGGCUGUUGUCCUCAUUGAUCUUGUUCCAAUUGAAAAAAGCUUUGACAAUACAACAGUGUUUCUAACCUAUGAGAAAUUCUGGCAUAAACAGGUUGCCAUACAGGCUUCAUAUUUUGGAGACUAUGAAGUAUUGUAUGUUCUCUAUCCAGGCCUACCACCGUCACCGCCUACUGCACCGGCAUAUAUUAACGUUGAAGGAGGAGCUUAUGGUAGUGCAAACAAUGCCAGGGGAAUUCGACCUCUUGCUGUUGAUGUGAGGAAGAAGAAGGGAAAACUGAAGCUGAGUGGAAGCCUGAUAGCCAUAAUAGUUCUAUCAUCUAUACUAUCCUUGUUUUUAAUUGUUGGAGCUGCGUUGUUUUUUUCACUAAGGCACAGGGAGAAUUCAGAUUUGCCUGCACCAAGUUCUCAAUCUUUACAAACUCCUUUUGCAAAACUAUCAGCUGCUCGGGCCAUACCUAUAACCACUGGUAGCAGACAAAGUUCAGCACCAGCUUCCUUCACCUCCAGCAUCGCAACGUACGCCGGAUCAGCAAAAACCUUCAGUUUAGUUGAGAUCGAGAAGACAACAAACAAGUUCGAUGUUUCACGAAUCAUCGGAGAAGGCGGCUUUGGUCGCGUGUACAAAGGAACUCUCGAUGAUGGAAGGAGAGUUGCAGUAAAGGUUUUGAAGAGGGAUGACCAGCAGGGAGAGCGGGAGUUCUUGGCCGAGAUCGAGAUGCUCGGCCGUUUACAUCAUCGGAAUCUGGUCAAGUUGAUCGGUAUUUGCACGGAGGAAAACACUCGCUGCCUCGUCUACGAGCUUAUACCUAAUGGAAGCGUCGAAUCACAUCUACAUGGUGUGGACAAGAAUAUUGCUCCGCUUGACUGGAAUGCACGCAUGAAGAUCGCGCUCGGUGCAGCUCGAGGUUUAGCUUAUCUUCACGAAGAUUCAAGCCCUCGCGUCAUCCAUCGGGACUUCAAAUCCAGCAACAUCUUAUUAGAGCACGAUUAUACCCCCAAAGUUUCUGAUUUCGGCCUGGCUAGGGCUGCAUUGGACGAACAAAACGAGCACAUCUCAACAAGAGUCAUGGGAACUUUUGGCUAUGUGGCUCCCGAGUAUGCAAUGACGGGUCAUCUUCUUGUCAAGAGCGACGUUUACAGCUACGGCGUUGUUCUGAUCGAGCUUCUUACGGGGAGGAAGCCCGUCGACAUGCUGCAACCUCCCGGUCAAGAAAAUCUCGUCUCUUGGGCACGUCCUCUCCUGACAAAAACGGACGGAUUGGAGAAAAUCAUCGAUCCGACUCUCGGCACCAAUUAUCCCCGAGAUAGCAUUGCUAAGGUUGCAGCCAUUGCGUCCAUGUGCGUCGAGCCGGAGGUUUCUCACCGCCCGUUUAUGGGUGAGGUGGUUCAGGCGUUGAAGCUGGUCUGCAACGAGAGCGAUGAGUUCAGACAUUCCGAAAGCUGCAGUAAUGAAGGGUCAUCUGCGAAGGACGCAGAGACCAGAAUCAAUGUAGGUUUGUGUGAAGAAGCCAAGAGAGGAAUAUCGCAAUCUGAUGUGUUGUAUGCAUCUGCGGGUUCUGUAGAGGAUGGUUCGGGUCUGCUUCGCAUGCGUUCCAGCUCGGGUUCGCUUUGGAUGGGUAAGAGCAGGAACUUUUUGCAGAGAAUCAGAGAGUUUGCAUCAGGAACUGCGAGUGAGCAUCGAUUCACGCAGAGGUUUCGGAGCAGAUCAGAGCAUGGUGGAAGAUGGCCAUAGGAGUUGCUGUAGAUUUUGAUUCAAGUUGAGGUUUUGAUGAACUGGAAAGGAGAUUAGUUUGGAAUAAUACUGAGCUCUGCGAAUGUGAUUAUUUGAAUAGGAUGAUGAAGUUGCAGUUCAUGGAUCGCCAUUUUCUUACAUUGAAAGGAAAGAGAAGAACUGUACAUUUGAUUCUGGAUUCGAAGUAAGGAAAUUGUUUGAUUUUGAUUCAGUUUUGUUUACUUGAUUAUAUUUAUUUCUGCUGCACAUCUUUAGGGAGGAUUUGAAUUCUCUGCAUCAGUUGAACAUUCUUUCUGAUUAUUAAAAUAAUAGAGGGAAGAAUUACUGCUGGAGAUUAGGGGUGAGCAUUUUGGAUGGGCAUGUUUUCAAAUUGAUCAAAUCAAUUGUAACCGAACUGGAUCAACAGAAGUUGUUCUUUUCAGUUUGGUUUAAACCUGUACUGGAGAUGAGAUGCAUAUAAGC